CAUACCUAUAGAUAGACAAAUGAUUUAUAAUAGUUAUUUUUCUGGUAAUUCCCAAUUUUCAUGCUACAAUCAAAUAGAAUAUAUUGGAACUUUGUACAAAAAAGGAUAUUAUCUUACCAAGUUUACAGACCAGGUCUGUUUAUUUGAAAUUGAUGAAAUUAUAGUUGUGCAUGAAUCUAUUGAUAAAGUAUAUUUAUGUACUAAACAAAUUGAAUUAGAAGGUUUUAAUUCACACCUUGAGGCAUUUGAGGUUAAUAUAAACAAAAAUAUAUUAAAUAACUGCUUGAUCUUAGGUAUCGAUGAAUUUAGUGGCCCUCCUAUAAAUAUUAAUGAAGUAUCAUCAGGCAAAUUGAUGAUUCGCCUUAAAGAAUUUUAUUAAACAUAAUUAUUAUACCUAAUUUAGUAAUUUGUACAUAUGUAUAUAUAUAUAUAUUUUUUUAUUUAUUAAGAAACAAAAUGAAUGAUAAUACUGCAAUUGGUAAUGAUUCGGAUUUAGCCUUAGUUAACGAUUUUUGGAACUGCAGUAAUUCAAAUGUAAGUAUAUGUUUACUUUUUGUAUGUAAAUUUUAACAAACUUACAUGAUUAUGUACCAUUAAAGGAAUUUUAAAUAUUACUACUGUAAUAUUAUUAUUAUAAUUUUUCUGUUUUAAUAUUUUAUGUUCAUAAUAUAAUUAUAUUAUUUAUAUAUACAAAUAUCAAAUACUAAUAUAAAAUUGAUGGUGCAUGUGUAGGAUAGUUUUAGGGACGAAAAUGUUCAGGAAUCGACCAAUCCUCAAUUUUUAAAUGUACCUACACUGGAGGGAUAUCAAUAUCCAGUUGAUGACAUGGUACCCCUUCAUGAUUUACUCACUAAUUGGGGCUUAGGGUUUCUUUUUCAAACUUUACUAGAUGAACUUAUCUGUAUGAAAGGUAUAAUAAUUAUGGAAGCUGAUCAAGCUUAUGAACUUCUAAAACAUUUUCCAUUAGGGAUAAGACUGUUGUUUGUAUAUAAUUUAAAAAAAUGGCAAAAAACUCAAGAAAAUGAUAUGAAGUCUACCAACACACCACAGUUGAAUUUAAAAGCCUCUACUAAUCAACCUAUUCAAUAUCAUCAUCAAAAUAAUAUUAAUAAUAUAAGUAUAAAUUUAGGAGAAGUAUUAAAUUCAUCAAACACUGGUUUAAUGAUACUUCAAUAUUAUAAGUCAAACCAAAAAUUGAAUGACGGUAUAAGAUCAAUGUUAGUAGAUACUGUAAUUAACUGGGUCAUCACUAAAAAGAUAAACAUGUCUGUGAACCUGGCAGAACAGUUGGCAAAUCAAUUAGUGUCUAUAUUUCCUACAGAAGUGAAAGAUUUGUAUUUUAUGAAGCACGAUUCAAAUAAAAACCCUAAGGGAAAAUUAUACGCUAAAUAUUAUAAUUCUAUAAGGCUUCUUAAGACAACAGGUUUAGUGGCAACAAAGUUGACUUCUAGAAAUCAAGAAAAACAUAGUGGUCGUAAGCAUUGCACAGAGUUUGAGCCGGAACAGAGUGUUCAAUAUGCAGUAGAUGAAAUAAAAAACAAUAAUAAUUUUUCAAAUUUUAAUGAUUUGGAAAAGUUGUGGAAGGAAACUGUAAAUUAUCGACUCAAUUCCAUUCAAAACACUAAUUCUACAAAAGAAAUAAUGGGAAUGUGGAAGCCUUACACAUUGCCUUAUGGGUUUAGAUUAGUUGACAUUGAUUUUAAAAAAUUGUAUCCAGAAUGCCCAGACUUUAUUAAUUCUUAUGAACAAAAACACAUCAAGGUUAAGGAACUCUUCGAAAUAAAAAUAAAAGAUAGUUCUAGUAGAAAAUUAUUUGAAGAAUACAAAAAUUCUUCCUGCAUCACAGAAAGUGGAAAAAAUACAGUUUUUUUUUAUUUACUACAUUCCAUAUUUGUACCUACUUCUAAGAAAGUAACAAGGGAUGGUAAUGGGAAAAAAAAUCAAAUUAAAUACUCAAUUAGAGAUUCCCAAGAUACAUUUUUUGUAUUCAAAAAUACAAUUGGCGAAAUUGAAGAAUAUAUUUUGCAUCUUGGAAAUGAAAAUAUGCCUAUUCAACCAUUCAUUCUUCUCGUUGGUACUCCAUUAAACCAUAAAGAAAUUAUUGUUUAUUUUGAUUCCAUAAAGUAUAGAAUGUUUAAUAUUUUAUCUGCAAUUGACAUAUGUUUUAAGAUUUUUCAUCUUUUUAACUUGGAAUAUCCACCUGCCAGUAGUAUUGUAUGGACAUUUAUACAAAAUAUUUUUACUGUUUUAAUACAAAAUAUGACAAACCUUACCAUACUUUGAGCCAAUUUUUGUCAGAUAUAAACAAUUAAAUUAAAUACUUUUAUUUUCUUUCUUUUAUUCGACCAUUAAAAUCAUACUGGCAUACAUAGGUAAUUCUUGCCACUAUUCUCUAUAUAUUGACAAAAUAUGUCAACCAGGAUCUAACUAGAUUCUUAAUACAUUAUUAUAAAUUAUCAUAUUAUCCUUAUUAACUAUUACUCUUAGAGUUAUAUUUUAAGCUGUAUGUAUUUUUUUUAAAUAUAGAUUUAUAGAUUACACAUACGUUUUAUUGCUUAAAUAUAAUAAUAUAUACAAAUGUUGUUACUUCGUUAGCUAAAAAUUUGCGUUACUUUUAUAUUACAAUUUGAAUUUUUUUUCAAUUAUUAAUUUAUACAACAUAAGUGAUUUGAUGAUAUUGUUUUGAUUUA